AUGAGCUGCGCCUCCGGGAGCGUCGUGCUCCCUGCCGGAGAGCCGCCGCGAGCCGCCGCCGCCCCGCUGGAGCUGCCGGCCGGGGCGGGGGAGGCGAGCGGGGACACCCCCGAGGAGGGCGAGGGCCGGAGUGGCGGCUCGGAGAGCGGGGCCGCCGGCGGCGACAAGUCGGAGACGCGCUCGGUGUGCAGCAGCAGCGAGAGCGGCAGCGGCGGCCACGGCGGCGGGGCCGGCCCCAUCUGCAAGAUCUGCUUCCAGGGCCCCGAGCAGGGUGAAUUGUUAAACCCUUGCCGCUGCGAUGGCUCAGUACGAUACACGCAUCAGCUUUGCCUCUUAAAGUGGAUAAGUGAAAGAGGGUCAUGGACCUGUGAACUCUGCUGUUACAGAUACCAUGUUAUAGCCAUUAAAAUGAAAAAGCCUUGUCAGUGGCAAAGCAUUACUAUAACACUGGUUGAGAAAGUGCAGAUGGUUGCUGUAAUCCUAGGAUCUCUGUUCUUAGUAGCAAGUGUGACUUGGCUUCUAUGGUCAGCCUUCAGCCCUUAUGCAGUAUGGCAAAGAAAGGACAUCCUUUUUCAAAUCUGCUAUGGAAUGUAUGGUUUUAUGGAUCUAGUAUGCAUAGGACUGAUAGUCCACGAAGGUGCAUCUGUUUACCGAGUGUUUAAGCGCUGGAGAGCUGUGAAUCUACACUGGGAUGUGUUAAAUUAUGAUAAAGCCACGGACAUAGAAGAGAGCAAUCGAGGAGAAUCCUCAGCAGGAAGGACAUUGUGGCUGCCACUGACUGCAUUUAGAAACAGAAGUUUAGUUCAUCCAACACAGUUAACCUCACCGAGAUUUCAGUGUGGCUAUGUGUUGUUACAGCUGUUCAACCGCAUGAGACCUCAGGAGGAUUCAUCAGAGGAUAACUGCUCUGGGGAAGUAGUGAUGAGAGUGACCUCAGUGUAAAGAUUGUGCUCACUGCGCUACACAGAUAAAGAUAAUGUGCCCUGGUGUUACAGGACUGCGGAAUGUAGUUAUGAUGAAUGGUGAAACCAUUAACACUUGAAAAAAUAUAUACACUUCUUUUUUUUAAAUUUAAUGUUUUUAUAUGAUCAGAUAAAACACAGAUACAUUUUUCUCGGGGAAAAAGUCUCUUGCUUUUUAUAUAGUCUGAUUUAUUGAAUCUUUUCUCAAU